CUCAGUAGUGAAUACAGAGACAUUUGAAUCAACUUCACCAGAGCAGAAGAGAGCUCACCUGAACUAAGCAGAGCAGUAUGGGAACAUCAUCCAGCUUACUGGAUGAAAAUAAAUCCAACUACAUUAAAGGGCAAGUGGAUGAGAAAUUUAAAAAGUUCGCACCGAUUUAUAGGAAACAAUAUUCUCUGGCUUACCUGUCCCAGAUCCAAGAUGAACUUGAACAACGCAAAGAAGAACACACACAGUUCCUCAAACAACGGGCCCCUCCAGAGUCUGGAAAGGUGCUGUAUGAGGAAACUGUCCGGUACUUUGAUGACGGCAGGAAGUGGAAGGAUCGAUUUAUUGUGAUGCGUGCCUGUCACGUCAUGGAGUGCCACGAAAGCUACAAGGCGUUUGUGAAAGGUGCCCCUCCAAUACUCAGACUGAUACCUACAGGGGGCACCAUUCUGACUACAGAAGAAAAAUAUAUGGAAAUGAUUGACCAGGUCUGCCCUUGCACCAACAAGGUCCAGGAGGAUUUCGCGCCCCCUGUGGCGGACAUGCCGGGGGAGUACCCAGUUUAUCUUAGACUUCCGUACCGCCGAGAUUCCUAUUUCUGUUUCCGAGAUGAAAACUCGCAAGCUGAAUUCAUCUCUAUCUUAUCUGACUGCAUUCGCCACCAGAACAAAGAUUUUCUCAAGAAGAAGACAUGUGAGGUUAAAGCUUUCCUCAAAGCCUUUCAGCUCUAUAGGCAGGAGAAUGGCCAGUAUGAAUCAUGGGAUAUGCUCAUAGGCAGUGAUGUGCGGGGUCUUGCUAAUCUGUUCAUGGAGGACUUAAUGCCCUAUCUGGAGAAAGAACUGCAGCCAUGUAUGAAGAGCAAGAGGGCAGACAAGAGAAGAGUGUGGUUUGCAACAGUUGAAGCUGCUUAUUUUCUGCUGCAAGAGCAUCUAAUGCAAAGGCUGACCACACUGAAGGAGGAGUGCAAAGACAUGGUGAAAGAGCAGGAGGCACGCAUGCGCUCUGACAUGGACCAGAUCAUCAGCUCAAGAACUUUCGUGCAGAGCAAACUCAGAGCUAUGGUAGCUGAGCCAGCAACAAAAUACUGCACUGAGCAUGUGCAGCCUUACCUGCCGGCCGUCUUGGAGGAAGUCAUGGGGCCCAUCAGCCUGGGCUUCACAGAGGCCCGGGACUUGAGCGAGAGCAUGAUGGAACAGCUUUGCCAGGACUUCGAGGAUGCUGACCAGAGUGAGGAACUCCGACAGGCUAUGUUUAAGAUGAGUAAGGCUAAUUUACAGAGCUGUUAUCAAAAAGUGAGUGGGCUGGCAGAUCACAUCCAAGAGCUACAGCAAACCUUCAACUAUUGCAUCAAAGGUUUGGCGAACAGCACAGAGAUCGACUUAAAACAGCUGAUGGAGAAUCUAGAGUACACCUUUGAGCUGCUUGUGCGAAAGGCUCUGGAGGACCCAUCUGUCAACCUCACGAUGGCUAUGCAAAAGGCUUCGAACAGGGUUCUGAAGCAAUUUGACUAUGACAGCAGCACAGUGAGAAAGAGGAUCCUCCAGGAAGCUUUGAUCAACAUCACUCUACCCAGCAUCAAGAAGCAUCUGGCCCCAUCCUUCAAAGAGGAACUACCUAAAUUUGAGCAAUACAUAUUCGCCGAUUAUUCAAACUUCAUCAGUGUGGAAAACUUGUAUGAGGACAUUAUCCACCAGAUACUGGAAAAGGACAUCAGCAUGGUGGUCAAGGAGGCAGCCAGCUUGAAGAAAUUCAACCUUUUGACAGAGAGCAGAUACAACUUCAGUGUGUCCAGCCUGUCCUUCACUCCCCCGGGAUCUGCACCCAGCAGCCCAGGACACUUAACUACCGCCCCGAGCCAGCGUAUGCCCCUGCCGCCCUCCCCGCUGCUGGGUAACGGCAUAAUAGCAAACAAAUCAGUGACUGUUCACUCGCUAAAUUCAGAAAAUAGCACACUGAGCCAAGCUCUGCCUGUCAUGGGAAACAUCAGUGAUGAACAGAACAAGACACUCUUAGAGGAGAGCAGUGAUGAUGUAAUUACUGAAACGUCAACCUCGAUUACGUCAGCCGAGACUAAACCAGAACUCAUAACAACCACAAUCGCCACGGAUGUCAUUCCCACCCCGGUUGUUAUGGUAACAGAAGCCACAGAAAGUGCUAGUACUUCUUGUUCACCAAAAGGAGAUGAUGCAACUUUUUCAGACUUUGCUAAAAAGUCCACAAUAGCAAUCAGUCCGAUCUGUGGUGACCCUGCUGCUGAAACGAAGGACAACAGCAACCCAACGGUUUCGUCAGAUGAUCCAGCCCAGAUUAAAAUACUGAUCCGCGAUGAAAGCACAAAUCCAAUAGCCGUUUGCUUAUCUAUUCAAGAUGCAGAAGCUGGAGAUAUCUAUAAAGAGUUCACAGACAAACAAAUCAUGGAUCUUCCAGAAAAAGCUUCAGAAACCCAGUCUUCACCACACCUAGAGGAGGAGACCAGCCCCCUAGGCUGUGUGAAGGAGAUCCGUGACCUUGUAAUGGAGGUUAUUGAAGUCGAGGAGGUGAUUCAGACAUGUAAAGACAAUGGAGAAAAUGUUCAAAAGUUCGAGGAACCAGAAGCUAUAGUCUAAGAUUUAAUGACUGUGUCAGUACUUUACUCAACUUGUCCACACCUCCAUUUUACUGUGUGAAGAGGCAAACUGUACAUUUUGAACUUGGUUUCUUCAUUGUGCAGGAGGUAAUUAUAAUUCACUUUGUGUGUGUGUGUGUGUAUAUAUAUAUAUAUAUAUAUAUAUAUACACAUAAUCAAUUUCCAGUUAUUAAACUGUAGAAAUAUUUACAUUUUAAAUAACAUUCCAUUUAAAAUGUAAAUUAAAAAAAAUUGUUAUACAUUUUGAAUGGUAGUGUAUAUAUUGUUCUUUUAAAUUAGUUAAAGAGGAUAACAUGUUUUUCUAUCUUAUAAGGACUAUUUAAAGAAUUUUAUAUAGAUAACCUUAUUUCAAUACUGUUUUAAGCUAAUAUGUUCAAAUGAAUUGAUAUGUUAGCAUUUGAAUAAUAUAUGAGGUACUAAAUUGUAACAUAAAUAUUGUAUUUGGAAAUGAUAUCCUUUGUGAAACAUUGAGGAAUCCUUAAGUAAGGAACAUGCCUUUUCGCAAGGUGGUUUCCAACCUUCAGACGACAUGAACCAGGGCUGACUGUUUACUUUGGACCCAUAAUGCAGGCCUGACGGGUUUGUUUGCCAUGGAAUCUGGCUCUGUGACAUACCGAAAGCACAGUGCCGUUUUAUGUCAUGAAUCUGUAUUGAGUGACACAAAAAGAUUUGACACAUAUGCACUUCAGAUUCGCAGAACCACUGAGAUCUGUCUAUAUAUGGAGACAGUCAUUACUACAGAUUCUGCUCUGGGCACUUGACUAUCUAUUUAAGAUCCACAUAAACAAUAAUACAGUCCAUCAAUACAUCUUUGAAUAAGCAUGACCACCCUUUAAAGGAAUGAUAGGUUGAAUGAUUAAAUAUGUAUGGCACGCAUGGCAUUUCAUCACAUUAAAGUGAGAGUAAACUAGACAUUUGCUGAGUUUCUGCUGUUCUAAAACUCUAAAAGACACGAAAUAUUCCUAUCAAAGUAAGCACAAGGAAACCUUUUGCACAUCAAUUUUUGUAUUUCAUAUCGCACCACAAUUAAAUAAAAAGGCAUUUUAUAUUAAACAGUCAUUAAGACAAUCCCCAGGCACCAAUGAAGUUACUAAAACGCACAUCAAUAGACCAGUAUUAUUUUAAAAGAACACUUAAGUUUGGCUACAUUACAAAAUACAUAAGAAUUCCUUAACAGUGCACCAUAAAAAAGAAAGCCGUGUUGUUAUAUUUGUACUACUACAGUAUCAAAGGCAAAGUAACAGGCAACAUUAGUGAGAAGUGAAGAUAUUAAGACCGCAAAAUGACAUUAUUGUUAGCAUGGGCACUGUGCUGUAAAGACAGCAGUCAUAUAUGUAAUGUAUUUGAACAUAAUAUAAUUUCAUAGGUGAGUCCACAGGGGGGCACCACAAUCUUUAAAAUGACCCUUACAGUCAGUUGCUUUAUGUAAACAUGCAACAUUGAUCGAAAUCCUAUAAUGAACAAUAAUAAUUGACAUGAGUUGCAGCUGAAGCUUUACAAUAUUUUGUUUCCAGAAACCAAAACAUGAACCACUAUCAUGCAGUGAAACUGACAUGAUUGUU